UUUUAUGCUGUCUCGUACAUUUAUGCUGUCUAGAACACAAAAUAGUCGUUAAGAUCCCCAAACACCCAAUUAUCUCUUAUAAUUCACCAUCCUGUCGAAAUUCUCACUUCUUUGGGAUAAAUUGGGGAUAAGGAGCUUUUUAGUCGGGUACGAUUAAAAUGAUGCUACACAAGAGCAAACCUUUUUAUAACCUAAGGUGAGGUUGUGAAGGGUUUUAUCUUUUAAACAAAUAGUUUAUGUAAAUUUGCCAUUCAACCCCAUGUCAUUCUGUAUUUUGUAAUAAAACUUUAUUGACACUGGAGAAGUUAUGUGCUCCAUUAUUAAGUUGUUUAGUGUCAAAAUACUUCUGAAUAAAUAUAGCGAUAUGUUUUAAUAGCUUCAUAACUUAUGUUCACUCAAGCAAACUUGACAAACUAAUUAGUAAUUAAGAGUUGAUUAAAAUUAAAUAUACAAAUCAUUAUUUAUUUACUUCCUUUUAAUUAAUUUGGGUUGGAAUAAGCAGUUUCAACCCCCAAUAAAUAUAAGAAUCGCAACUUUCCAUUCUUCUAAUUCUCUGAUGCUGUAUCGAAUCCUGUAGGGUAUAGGAAGAUGUUAAAAUAUUAACGUUAAAAAGCCACUUGAAAAGUUAGUAAAAGUUAGAAAGCUUUUGCUUCACAAUUUGUAUAUCUAUACCACUUUCAUUUUCUCACCAAUUGAAAAUUAUUAUUAUACCCUCAUAAAGAAUUUUGUCUAUGAAACUCUAAUGCGAAAUACUACAUAGCUGAAUAAUACAAAUAAAAGAAUAAGAUUUCAAUUUUUAAUGCCUUUUAAGUAUGUACCAUAUCCUUAUAAUCUGGCCUUUUACGGUUUGAGUUGUUCUAACUUUUAUUCACUGCCAUUGAAUUUUUUCUCGCGAAUUUGCUAUAUACAAUGAAUACAUACAAUAUAUUGAGAAAGAGCCUUUUUGUUCUUUAUAUUCACAUUUUCAAUGUUUUGAUAUCUCAAAGUAUUUAUUUCUGAGAGUUUUCUGUAUGUAUAAAAAACAUCAUCCCCAAUCUACCCUCAACAGUAUUUGACUUCUUCUCCUUUUUACCUUUCUCACAUUCGCGUUAUGGAAUGUGAGAAAAAGCUCUCCUGUAUAUACUCUCUUUGGAAGUGCGUCAUAUAUAUGCUCUUUCUCUCCAUACUAUACAAGAGAAAAUAAUGAUGUUUGAAGCAACAAGCAACGUCACAAAAGGAGCGCAAUGUUCUCACUCAGUUGAACUUGAGCUUUUGGUGGUGCUUGAAGCAUUUUCCUGUUGCGUUAAGCAUUCGACUGUGAAAUUGAUUUGCUAUGUACUUUGGUACUUUGUGUGUGUUCACUAUAAAAAAAAAUAUGAUUCGCUACUUUAAAGCACAGGUAGUGGCAUAAAAUUAUUUUUAUAGUGCUUUCACGCGAGUCCCUAAACAUGGGAGUGAUAGUGAUAAACAAGGUUACCUGUUUAUGGGAAUUAAAAUUGAUGGGAUUUUAAUACCACUGGGGUCAAUUAGUUUUUUUUUUUUUUUAACUUUUUCUCAGUUUAUUAGUUUAAUUUAUUAAAAGGUACUUAAUAAGGCUAUCGCAGUCUUUUCUACAAUUGCGUAGAAAAUAAGAGAAAAACGUGAAACAUUGGUUUUGUGCCAUUUUCGCUACUUUUUUGCGGUUUUACCUUUUUACUUUAAUUUCGGUGUACUUAUGUUCCCUUUAUUAACCAUAUAAUAGCGAAAAUUGUGUGGAAAAUUUAGGGACGAAUAACCUACAUACAAACAUACAUAGUACAACUGUGUGAAGAGGAACAGUAAUGGGAAUAGGAAUAAUAUGCAGAGCAAGGGUUAGGUGAAUAGGAGGAUGGUAGAAGGACUCUGGAAAAGUGUGCUAUUAUACGUGAGCUUUGUGCAAUAUUCAGUGAUUAUGACUGUCAAAAAACUGAAGAAUCAUGCUAUCACUAACAGUUGAAUUAAAGAUAAAAGCACAAAAGCACAAUUAUAUAUGUUUCAUUUGUAAAAAGAACUGAAACAAUUAAUUAUGAAACGCAUAUACAUAAUUAACGUGAAUGUGAAAUAGAGUUAAUAAAAAAUGGAUAAGUGCAAUAUUGAGUACAAAAUAAAAGAGUAAUAAAAUAUAAAUUGAGGAGUAAUAAAAAAUCAAUCAAAAUGUCGCUAACAGUGAAAAUAAAUCAAUUUCAUCUGCAAAAACCAAAAUCAAAUCUCCUGGGACGUGUGGAGUUCCGAGGAGUGGGUCACACAACAAAUGGAUUAAGUAACAUCUCUGAAAUUGUCGAUGUUAACCAGGCUUUUGUGUGGCCAAUUGCGCGAUCUGCUUCACCUGAAGAGAUUAUUAUUGUUGAACUUCGAACGCAAACAACGAAAAUCCUUGUUAAAACUGGACUUUCAACAACUACCUCAUCCAGCACCUCCUCUGCAAUACGUGGUGCGAUAGGCAGUAGCAGUAAGGUCAUCGGUCGCUACGUUAUGCUCAUGCAAGGUGUAAUUACGGAGGGGAAAGUGCGUGUGGAGGACCACCUUGUCGAUAUGAACAAUAAGGCUAUACAAGCCAUUGUGAACUUCGAAGUAUUUUACACUUCACCCGAUGACGAGGCAGGGAACUUCGAACCGACGAACCUCGUAAAUGUAAUGCAUCAAAAUUCAGCAAAUCUCGACGAUGAUCAACAAAUGCUUCUCGAUAUUGAGCAGAAUAUUGCAAACUUGGAAAAAAGUUUGAGUAAAGAAAACGACAGAAGCCAUAAUUCCAAGAAGCGACAUUUGCUGAGGCGGGUCAUGUCCCAGGGGAGACCAGAGAAAGUCUUUACGGACGAAAGGGGUAUGAAACAGCCGCAGGCUGAAAAACAACGAGUCAGCUUGCGAACAGUUAAAAAUUUUAUGAAACUUGGCAAACAGAGACGCACCUCAAGGGAAAGUAGUACUGAAGAUGAAGAGAGGUCUCUCAUAAGUAAUAAUGAGGGUGGCUUUACGUCGGGUAACGAGCAAAGUGGACACCAUCAGCAAGAUAUUCCGGAUAGUGAGUCGCAACAUGAUAGUACGAGGUCUGAGGAGUCAAGCGAGGACGAGGAUGAGCUACAGGGUGAGAUAAAAAGCAAACGAUUUAAAGCAUUAGGAAAACCCAGUGACCACCUAAAGGCGCAGGAUUUUCAAGUGUGCGUCACCAUUAUUGAAGCUAGACAGCUUCCAGGACUAAAUAUGGAUCCAGUGGUGUGCAUACAGAUUGGUGAUAUGAAGAAAUAUACAAGCGUAAAGGAGAGCACAAAUUGCCCAUAUUACAAUGAGUACUUCGUAUUCGACUUCCAUAUGGCUCCAGUUAUGCUGUUUGAUAAAAUUAUUACAUUGUCUGUGAUACACUCGAGAAAAUUUAUGCGGUCGGGAACACUGAUUGGUUCAUUUAAGAUUGAUUUGAAAACCGUAUAUGAUGCCACGGAUCAUCAAUUUUUUCACAAAUGGGCUUUACUUACUGACCCAGAAGAUUUUAUAAGUGGACCCAAAGGUUAUCUGAAAUGUGAUAUUGGAAUCAUUGGGAAGGGAGAUACUGUGAAAGUACCUCAGAAGUCAGAAAAGGAUCCCGAUGACAUUGAAGGGAACCUUUUGCUACCGGAUGGUGUGCCAAUUGAAAGGCAACGUGCAAAGUUUAUUGUAAAAAUUUAUCGGGCUGAUGGACUGCCACGGAUGAAUUCAUCGAUAAUGGCAAAUGUGAAGCGAGCUUUUACGGGCGAGAGCAAGGAUUUGGUUAAUCCAUAUGUUCAGGUGUCAUUUGCCGGAUUGAGCGGAAAAACAUCUGUAAAGAAAAACUCCUACACACCUGUUUGGAAUGAGCAGCUUGUUUUUACGGAAAUGUUUCCACCCCUGUGUCAGAGAAUUAAGGUUCAAUUGCGAGACGCUGACCCGGUGAAACCCUCAAUAAUUGGAACACACUAUAUUGACUUGAAGCAAAUCUCAAAUGAUGGAGAUAAUGGAUUUCUUCCCACAUUCGGACCAUCCUUCAUUCAUCUCUAUGGCUCUACACGUGAUUACACACUCCUAGACCAACACUCAACACUCAACAGUGGACUUGGUGAAGGUGUCAGCUACAGAGCUCGACUUUUUAUUGCCAUACGCACGGAGAUAACAGAUAAUGUGGAGAUUACUCCGGAGAAAAAUGUUGAACUUGAACAAACUUUUCCAGUAUCUGAAUCUUCGUAUUCUAAGUGUGAGGAAUUUUUCUUAUUCUCCACAAUAAUGGAGGCUUCAAUGUUGGACAAGAAACUCUGUGAUAAGCAAGUUCUUUUCGAAUUGAGUAUCGGGAAUUCGGGAAAUUCCCUAGAUGGUCACAAUGAGAGCUCAUGUACCAUCAAUAAUGACGAUGAAGAACUAGAAGUUGUUGAUUCAACAUCCUUCAGUAGUAUAACUAACACGUGCAAGCCUACUUCCCAUGAUAAGACCCACUAUUUUCUCCCUUAUUGGGACUACAAGCCAUGCAUGGAUGUACGAAGUGUAUUCCCGGACCUGCGGCGAAGGAUGUACAAUAGUAAUAUUAUUGGAAAAAUUGCGGAAAAGCUCGAUGAAGACUUAGUGGAAACGGGGGCUUUAAUUGAGAAUGAAGAUCUCAAUUCAGAGGUGAAACUGAGGGCGUGUCUCGAGGAAUUAGCAAUAAGUUGCACCAAAUAUGUCACAGUGACGAAGAAUACGAUGAGUGGACCCGGCACGGGGAAGACAAAAUUGGAUAAAGAGCGUGUUAAGCUGUGUCUGCGUGAAAUUGAAUCAUUGGGAAAUAUGGCACGAAAUCUUCGUGCUCUCGUUACAAAAAGCUCCAUGAGAGAGAGAUACAAAACAGCUCAGAAUUACUUACAAAAGCUCAAGUUUCUCAUUGAAGAUCCCCAACACUCAUUGCCGGAUAUUUUUAUUUGGAUGAUUGCUAAUGGAAAACGAAUCGCAUACCAUCGAAUUGAUGCAAGGGAUGCCCUAUUUUCGGAAAUCGAUGAAGAAUGCGGAAUUUAUUGCGGAAAAGUACAAACAGUUUUCCUUAAGCUUCCUGGAAAACAAGCUAUUGGUCCCGCAGGAUGGGCUGUUCAAGCAAAACUAUCCAUCUACGUCUGGCUGGGCUUAGUCAAAGACAAACAAUUCUUCUUCGACGGCUUACCUGGUGGGUAUGAAUUGUCUCAAGAAUUGAGAAAUGCCGAACGUCUACGUGCUUUGGCACCAACAACAAUUCAUUACGUUGAGAAAUACAUCUUUCAAUUGAGAGCUCAUAUAUAUCAAGCAAGAUCUCUAAUAGGAUCAGAUGCUUCGGGUUUAAGUGAUCCAUAUGCAACGGUUUUUAUAACCGAAUUUUCCAAAACGACUCAAGUCAUUGAGGAAACUCUUAGCCCUACUUGGGAUGAAUUGCUGGUAUUCGAUGAAAUACUCGUGUAUGGUGCCAAAGAUGAGAUACGUCGAGAUCCACCGACAAUUGUAAUUGAGAUCUAUGAUCAGGACAAAGUUGGAAAAUCAGAAUUUAUCGGUCGUGCAAUAGCGAAGCCACGAAUUAAGCUAAGAGAAUUCAAUUACGUUACACCAUCGCUGGAAUGGUUUGAAAUAACAAGAGGAGCGGACAAUGCAGGAGAACUGUUGGCAGCUUUUGAACUGCUAGAGCACGGCUCAACUGAUGUUCCACGCCUAACUGAACCUAAAAUGGUUAUAAGUGAUACUAAAACGGAUAAAGCAUCAAUGAAUAUGUGCUCAAUACUUCCAGUACCACGGGAUGUAAGACCAAAUUUAGCACGAUUUCGCAUCGAGGUACUCUUCUGGGGUCUCAGGGACCUCAAGAGGGUGCAUUUUAUGUCCGUGGAUAAACCUCGAAUUGACAUUGAAUGCUCUGGGAAAAUUCUCAGUUCAAGUAUCAUUCAGAAUGCAAAGAAAAAUCCCAAUUUUUCAAAUAUGCUCAAGUUCUUUGAUCUCGAAUUGCCCGUUGAGGAAACCUAUGCUCCACCUAUAACAAUUCGUUGUGUAGACUGUCGAUCUUUCGGCCGUUAUACUCUUGUUGGAACUCAUCAAAUAUCCACCGUUCAUAAAUACGUUCAUCGUACCCCACCAAAGGAAGACUACAAAAAAUAUUCCCAUAGCGGACAAAUUGUACUCUCAAAGCCCGUUCCACCGCCUGAAAACUUCGUCACCCCCAUGGAGGCUGCUAAAAAUGCGCCCAAUGACAAUCUCACAAUUUAUGGUGCAGCAUGUGUGGCUAAAGCAAUGAAAAAGCAGCAAAUGAGGAAAAAACAAAUUCAACCCCAAGAAAGUGUCGAGGCGGAAGAUGAUGAUGAGAAUAGUAAAGAUUGGUGGACAAAGUAUUUUUGGUCACAUGAAAAGUUAAUUGAAGAUACAAAAGGAAUAACAGGUCAUAAAUUUCCCAUAGAUAUGCCGUAUCAGAAGGAAGACGAAAAGAAACGUUUGGCAAUUAAGAGUUCGAAAUUAGUUGCUAAAUUGAGCCCAAAGCACCACAGCAAGUCUCCCAAAGAAGAAAGCACUAACAAUACAACUGCAUUGUUUCAAAUAUACCCCAAUGAACUUGAAAGUCAGAUUGAGUUCAACAAUUUCAAGGAAUGGCUUCACUCCUUCCCACUGUAUCGAGGGAAGAAAACUGGCGAUAGCACUGAGGAUGAAAAUAGGGUUGUAGGGUUCUUCAAGGGUGCCAUUAAAGUUUACAAACUUCCCAUGGAAAAAGGUAUUGAACCAGCUUUUGCCCCAAUGCUACCAACAAAUGAUCCCAUACACGUUCUCGUUCGAGUUUAUGUGAUCAAAGCCACAGACCUACAUCCAAUGGAUCUUAAUGGUAAAGCUGACCCUUAUGUUGUUCUACAAUUGGGCGGAAAACGAAUUAGUGACAAAGAAAAUUAUGUUAGCAAGCAACUAAACCCAGUCUUUGGUAAAUGCUUUGAAAUUGAAGCAACAUUUCCGCAAGAUUCUAUGCUAACUCUACAGAUUCUAGAUUGGGAUCUAGUUGGAUCAGAUGAUCUAAUUGGAGAGACAAGAAUUGAUCUGGAAAAUAGAUUUUAUAGCAAACACAGAGCAAUGUGUGGAAUUACAUUCAAAUACGAAGAUUCGGGAUACAAUUGCUGGCGAGACCCCAUGAAACCCACGCAAAUACUUCAGAAACUCUGCAAAGAAAAUAAAUUGGAACAACCACAUUAUUUUCAGGAUCGUGUUGUUAUCGGUCGGUAUUGUAUGACCUUUACAGAGGCAGAGGUUUUGGCGUGGAAUGGGCCAAAUACGUGCCGUAAUCGUGAUGAACACCUUGCCCUUGCUGUUUUGCAUCGAUGGGAGGAAAUUCCACGAGUGGGAUGUAAGAUUGUUCCAGAACAUAUAGAAUCCAGGUCCCUCUACAAUCCCGACAAACCUGGGAUAGAGCAGGGUAAAUUAGAAAUGUGGGUAGAUAUGUUUCCCAUGGAUAUGCCUCUUCCUGGCCCGGCUGUUGAUAUAUCACCGCGAAAACCAAAAUCCUACGAGCUUCGUAUUGUUAUUUGGAACACGGACGACGUUGUUCUAGAGGAUGAUGCAUUUUUUACAGGAGAAAAAAUGUCGGAUAUCUACGUUAAAGGAUGGUUAAAGGGGCCACAGGACAUACAAUCAACCGAUAUUCACUAUCGCUCCUUAACCGGAGAAGGGAACUUCAAUUGGCGCUUUAUCUUUCCAUUUGAUUAUUUGGCUGCUGAGGAGAGAAUUGUUCUUUCCCGGAGGGAAUCUCUCUUUAGUUGGGAUGAAACUGAAGUGAAAAUACCUGCUCGUUUGGAGUUGCAGGUGUGGGAUGCUGAUCAUUUUUCCGCAGAUGAUUUUCUAGGUGCCAUAUCGCUCAAUCUCAAUAGAUUUCCACGAGGUGCUAAAUCAUCUAAACUCUGCACGUUGGACAUGCUGAAGACCGAUAAUGUCCCUUAUGUGAAUAUUUUUAAGCAAAAGCGUGUGCGUGGUUGGUGGCCGUUCUUUAUAAAACGCGAAAAUGACGAAAUGGAACUGACGGGGAAGGUGGAGGCUGAAAUACAUUUGCUCACGAAGGAAGAAGCAGAAAAGAAUCCUGCCGGUUAUGGGCGCAAUGAACCAGACCCGCUUGACAAACCAAAUCGUCCUGAUGCUUCGUUUAUGUGGUUCCUCAAUCCAAUUAAAUCAAUCCGCUACAUAGUUUGGCACAAUUAUAAGUGGACAAUCAUCAAGGGACUCAUCAUCAUUGCAAUAGCUGUUAUGCUACUUUUAUUCUUCUACUCAGUCCCUGGAUAUACAGUAAAACGGUUACUUGGCGCUUAAGACCAUAUUUGCAAUAUCUGUACAUCUUAUCAAAGAUUGAAAUAUUUGCCAAUAUUUGAGCCAGAAUUAUGUAUGUUGAAUAAUUAAAAGAAUAAAAGAUUUUUUUUUAUUAUGUCCAGUCCAUGUCUUGUAUAUAGAGAAAGGAUUAAAUGUAAUUUUGAAUAAAUAAUAAAUUUAAAUAUAUAUUUUAGACUAUUUGCUAGCAAAGAAAAUAUUUUAGAGAUAAAACUAUUUUCCUUAAAAACUUAUAUCAAUUUUAGAAAAUUAUACUAACUAAUAUCAUAACUAAGAAAUAUUUUUCAAAAUUAGAAUUUUAAAUACAUAUUUGAGAAUUAAAAAAGAAACGAUUAAGGUUCUCAACCAAAGUAAAGUAUUUGUGCAAAAGCAACAUAAAAUGUUGAAAAAGAACAAUUGAAAUGUAUGACAAAGCUUUUGAUGAACAUGAGAUAAUUCUACAACAUGAAUAUCAGGUUGAUUUGAAAUUCGCAGAAUGAAAAGUCAAGAGAUGUCAAAAGGUUACAUGAAACGUGCAUAUAUCAUACAGAAAAAAAAUGGAAAAUAGGCUUUUGAAGAAUUUAAAGAAUUUAACAAAAUUAUUGUAAUAAAAUAAUUUCAAAGUUAUUAAAUGUUUCAAAUAAUUCAGAGAAUUUAUUAGACUAGUUAAAUUCAAUAAAUAUCACUAAACCUAAAAUGGGGAACAAGGUAUCCCCUGGGGGGUUAAAAAAGUAUGAUUUAUAUCAAAAGAUAAGUUGGUUAAAAUUUAUUUAAACAAUUUUUGUCAUAAGAAUUUAUCCCACCUCGUAGAGUUCCAAAAUAAAUUUUGAGAAUAAAUAAAUGCGGGAGUACAAGAAUUUUCUUGAAGAUAUUUGAUCUACAAGAUAUUUAAAUUUUCUCUGCUAUUAAAUUACAUCGGUUAAAGGUGAAAGCUUCGUACACCAGGGGUACCCCAAAGUAGUUUAGUUUCACAUUAGAAAUUUUUUUGUUUAUUCUCAAAUGUGACAAAAUUUUCCAUUUUCAAAUCGAAAUAAAUAAAAUAGGAAUAAAAUUUUUUUAACUCAACUUACAAUUUCUAAAGAAAAGAAAUAUAAAACAAAAUUAAUUUAAAAUGAAUUUUCUCAGACCAUUAAUUAUCUCUGAAACUUGGGAACUAACAUAAUUAACAAAAAUCAACAACAACUCUCUGACCAAACUUAAAUCUUUUUAAUCCAUUUAAUAUUGCAAUCUUUGUAAAAGGCGACGAAGGCAAUUACGUUUUCUUGUAUAUUCUGAGUGAAUAUUAAGAACAUAAGAAGUAAUGGGAGUAGAAGCUAUUGUUGAGAGAAGAAAAGUACAAUUUAUGAUGAAUUUGCCGCCUCCGUUUUGCCUUAAAAAGACUUAAGUAGAGACUUUAUUGAAACUACUAACAAUCAGUGUGAAUUUAAAUAAAUAUUUUAAAUCAGAGAUAUAAAAUAAAGGAUAAUAUAUACUUUAUUUACAGAUUUAAUUUUUGAUGAAAAAUACCUUUUCUAACGUCAUUUCUAUUGUCACGCUUCCUAUCAUAAAUGUUAUCAAUGAAUAAAAUAACAAUUUUUUGAUUUAUUUGUACCAUUUGUACGCCUUCAAUGAGUUUUUCACGCAAAACUGAACCUAAAAAAAAUUAUCAAAAAAUUAUUGAAAGAUUUUAGUAUUUUACAAAACACUAAAAAUUUGGAAAUUUUGAAAUUCUUAUCAGUACGUGGUAAUUUUAUCUCAAAAGCUGAUAUAUGUAGAUAAUAUGAACUUUGCAUUUAAAAAUGUAAAAAAAUAUAUAUUUCUCUAUAAUUCAAUCAUUAUAUGCACAAGAUGAUGCAAAAUAAAAGAGCCAGACAAAUAAAUAAACAUAUUAAUUGAA